CGAGCGUUGAGUACUUGACCAUUCUUAACAUUCACAUUUCAUAUCUAUUGGCGUCGACGCUCAUUGUCUUCAUUUGAUUGCUCCACGUCGAGUUGUCUAAAGAUGAAGUACUUAGCAGCCUAUUUCUUAGCACAGCUCGGAAGCAAACGUGGCAAACCUACUGCAGAUGAUCUCAAGAAAAUAUUGACUUCUGUGAGUAUCGAAGUGGAAGAAGAUCGUGUUAUGCAAGUUGUGGAAGCUUUGAAUGGAAAAGAUUUGGAAGAGUUAAUUGAACAAGGCUUACAGAAAAUGACAAGUGUGCCAUCCGGUGCGACAGCAGCAAUUGCGGCAACAGUCGGAGCAGCUCCAGCAACAGUCGGAAGAGAAAGUAAAGAAGACGCCAAGGCAGCAGAAAAAGAGGAAGCAGCAGAAGAGAGCGACGAAGAUUUGGGCUUCGGUCUAUUCGACUAAAGUUUUCAUGCGAGUACUAACGACAAGAUCACUGUUGUGGUUUCGAGCUGACGGAAUACUUUUUAAACUUUCUCCUUUUGUCUUCAAGUAUUCGACUCUUUUUUGAAGCAGCUUAAUACACAAUUCAAAAUAUUAAAAUUUCAUACAAAAUGUGGUCGAUUGAACAGUACCUACUAUUUUUUAUC